UGCCCGCCCGCCGCCCGCGCGCCCCCGGCAUGAUCCGCGGCGCCUGGAUGUCCCCCCGCGGGGGCGCCGCCGGCGGGGCCGUGUGCUGCGCGCCGCGCCGCAGCGACAAGCCGGUGGCCGACCCCGAGCGGGCGCAGAAAUGGCGCCUGUCGCUCGCCUCGCUCCUCUUUUUCACCGUGCUCCUCUCCGACCAUCUGUGGCUCUGCGCCGGGGCCAAGCUGCGGGCGCGGGAGCGGCCGCGGGGCCGCGGGCCGCGGGCGCUGCUGGCGGCCGAGCCGGCGGGCGGCGGCGGCGGCGGCAGCUGCGAGGCCCUGCUGGGCAACCUGAGCCGCGGCCCCGGCGGGCCCUGCCCCGCCGCCCGCGGGGACCUGGACUCGGCGUGCGCCCGGCUGCUCGCCCCGCAGCGCCCGCGGGCCCCCGGCGCGCCCCUGCGCUCGCCCCCCGCCGCCGCCGCCGCCGCCGCCGCCGCGCCCUUCUUCGCCUCGCCCUCCUCCAAAAGGACCUUCCUGCAGGCUUACUUCAGGAACUUCAACCUCUCCUUUUGUGAUACUUACACGAUCUGGGACCUGCUGCGGGAGAUGGCCGGCCCCGACGGCCUGGACUGCAGCCUGGACAACCUGAUGGUGGACCUGGUGGUGGCGGCGGCCGGGGCGCUGGACGGGGAGGCCUGUAGCAGCUGUGUCCAGGCGUACCAGCGGCUGGACCAACACGCUCAGGAAAAAUACGAGGAGUUCGACCUCUUGCUGGAGAAGUACUUGCAAUCGGAAGAGUACUCGGUCAGAUCCUGCCUGACGGACUGCAAGGCAGUCUACAAGGCGUGGCUGUGCUCCGAGUACUUCAACGUGACCCAGCAGCAGUGCCGGCAGCGGAUCCCAUGCAAGCAAUACUGCCUGGAGGUGCAGACCAGGUGCCCCUUCGUGUUACCGGACAAUGAUGAGCUGAUCUAUGGAGGUUUGCCUGGCUUCAUCUGUACGGGGCUGCUGGAGAACCAGCUGCCCGACGAGGAGGCCAAGUGCUGCGAGGUGCAAUGGGACUCCUGCGAGCACCCCUCAGACAGCAACGAGGACACAUCCCCCAAAUCCACGGCGUCAGAGUCGCUCCAUUUCCACCGCCACGACCCCCACCUCCAUCACCAGAGGCAGAACCACUACCACCUCUACCACCACCACCACCACCACCAGUACCACCAGCCUCGCUCCCCGUCCUUGCUGCCGGUCUCCGCGGGGUCUCGCCUCGGCAGCAGCAGGAUCAGACUGUGCGUGCUGGUCCUGAUGCUCCUCCACACCAUGGUGUCCUUCUCGAGCGUGCACGGCGGCGCCGGGGGGCUCGGCCUGGAGGCCCCGCCCGCCCUGGAGGAGAGCAUGGCCCGGGACGAGUGACACAGAGGGCAGAGCCGACCUCCAAGGAGAACGCCAGAUCUUUUCCCAUAAGGGGGGCACACGCUAUUCCUCCAAUGGGAGGCACGGGGUUGGGGGUGGCACUCACGCACCCCCGCACAUCCCCCAAGAGCUGCUCGCGCGGGGCAUCCCCGUGGUGAAGAGUCUCUAACGCGCACAGGGCUGCGGGACCCGGCGCCAGAAGGGUUCGGGCAGGGCCAGCAUUCCCGGCCCCGCAGGCGCCGGGAGGGCAGGAACGGCACGGAGGCGGGGGGACCGAGGGGAGGGGUCCCUGGGAAUCGAAGGGUGUCCCCAUGGGACUGCCGGGUGUCCCCCGGCCGCUGCCGCGAGUGCCUUGAGUGCCCGCGCCUCCCCCGCCCGCGCCGUGCCGAGGUUGGACGGUCAGCCCAGCUCUGGUUCCUUUUCUCCUGGGUGUGAAUGCCGAGGGAGCAGGCGGAGGGGCAGCACCUCCCGGCACAGCCUGGCCCACUCCUGUCCCAGGGAAAAGCCGCCGGGGCUCGGGGCAAAGCCGCCCUGGUGAGCCGCCCUGUCCUCAGCGCGGCGCUGCCUCGCUGGUGGCGUUUGGGGACAGGAGUGGGACGCUGUGACACUGCACUGUGGUACCACUCGGGGUUGGUCUCACUGCAUGCCAGCCUGCUCCUCCAGCCUGGCCUUUCCUGCUGCUCUAUGCGAGGAGGAGGAGAGGGAGGAGGCUUGGAGCAGGAGGGAUGUCCCCAGCAUUCCCACAUCCUACUUUGCAAAGUGUCCUGAUGAUUUGGUGUAACCUUUUUUGUUGUCCUCCCCGGCUGGUGGGACUGGUCUCAGUGAGGAGUUGGGAGAUGUGACUCCAGCAGCACACAGGCUGUGAGGGAGAGGAUCCCACGUGGCAGCAGUUGGAUGCAGGGAAUCCCAAAGGCAUCCUUCCAUGCUUCCCAGCUACAAAUCAUUGACUGGAUGGCAGGAGAACUGGGCAAACGGGCUGGAGAAAUCUGGCUUGGAGGGAGAGUCUCCCACACAAAGAGGCACUAAUAAGGCCCAGCUAGGGAGGAGCAUUUUUGUGAAUAGUUUUCAAUCCAUGGAUGCCCCCAGAUCCGGAAAUUUCUGGGAGCCCAGCUGGACUUGGCUGGGCAAGGUGCUGGCUGGUGUAGCCUCAUUUGGCUUACUUGGGGUGGAUUUUUAACCUGAGCUCAGCUUAUCCAGGGAUUCAGCCCCAAACAAACAUCAGAUCCCUAGGAUCCGAUCCCCAGGUCAUUUCCUAGGAAACUCCCAAUUCUCCACCCAGCCACCAGAGCUGUUCCCAGCAUGGACACUGAGGUGGUGCCUCCAGGCCGGGCACCAGAGGCUGUAAUUUGUCCUGGGUGUGGGCAGGGAAGGAAGAGAGGGUGUUUUAGCACAAGGUCACGAGCUGGGUGUGAGCCCACUCCCUGCUCCCAGAGGGGCUGGGAUGGUCCCUCUGUUUCCAGGCUGGCUCUUGACAGGAACCUACAGCAGAGCCCUGCGUGGGUCACUGCAGGAGACAGGGAUGGAGCAAGAAGAAUGUCCUGCAUCCCAAAGUGAUCCCAGAUCCCUGUGAGGGUGCAAGAAGUCCAAGAGUUGACAAUCUGUAGGAGUUUUGUCGUUUCUGGUCUGUUGAGGUGAAGCAAAACCAAGCAGAGCCCCGUGAGCAGAGCCCCAUGAGCAAAGCUACUUCCUGCCUGGCUGGAAGAAGGAAGUACCAGGCAUCUCGUGGGAAGCACAGGUUUCCUGACAUUUCCAGCCCAUUUCCAGACCAAAGAGGCUCUGAGAAGCAGCUGAAUGUUUGAUUCCUGCUUUGACUUGAAUCUCAGAGCUUUGGGGUGAUGUUUACACUCUACCAGUUGCCUGUUCCCAAAGUCCUGCAGAGACAAGGCCUGUGCUCCCGUUGUCCCAUGGUUUUUGGGGUGGGAGAGGUGGUGCACAUGGAAGAUGGAGCGUGUUUCCCGAGCAGAUUCCCUUGCUGCUACCACCCAAAAAGUGGGGUGUCUCUCGUUUGACUAUUCCUCAUGACAUCCAUAUAGUUUACACCAAUCAGAACAGCUGGACAUGGAGCAGUUCUGCAAGCUGGGAUCCAAUCCCUUGGUUUUCUGUGAGCAGGGGGUUGUGGAGCUGCUCUGACAAGGAGCGAAAGCUCCCAGGCAGGCCAGGGGAGGGAGCACAGCCCUGUCCCUGCCUCCAGACAGCCGGAUCCCGAAGGAAAUUAGAUUUCUCCUGCACUGCCAAGAGUUAAGCUAAUUGCAGGCGCCUCUCUCGGAGAUAGACUGUGUCCAAUCUUGGAGCGACUCAUCGGGAGGGAGAAGAAUAGCCCAGUGUGGUGCGUCAGCAAGUGGCCCUGAGUCACUGGCCCUGUGCAUUGUGUCAUGUGUGACACUGAGCAGUGCUGGUGGGCACAGGGUGGCCUCGGUCCCUGCACACAUCCAGAUCCAGCACCUCCCUGAGGGAUGUGUGUCCUUCUCCCUGCCCUGAAGCCCUUGUGUCCUGCUGGUGAUGGAGCAUCAGGCCAGGCCUGGGGGUGGUGAUGGGUGAUAUGGGAUUCCCAGAGGAGCUGUGGAAGUGUCCAAGGCCAGGUUGGACAGGGCUUGGAGCAACCUGGUCCAGUAGGAAGUGUCCCUGCUCAUGGCAGAGGAUGAACAGAAUGGGCUUUAAGAUCCCUUCAACCCAAACCAUUCCAUGAUGCCAUUAUUUUCACAGAACUGCAGGAGUGAGAUCCAACAACCCAAGUCAUCUUGAGGGGAUGCUGGCAGGGAUUUGCUGGGAUAACCUGGGAGCUGUGAGAAACAGUUUCACCUUCCCUAACACCUGCUGGAGGCUUCCCUCCUCAGGAGUGCGUGUUGGGUCUCAGUGAAUUGGGAAGUGGAGCCAAUUCAGAAUUGGGCUGGUUUGGGUGGCUACUGGGGAGGUUUGAGCCCCAUCCACCAAGAGUGAGGAGGCCCCCAGGACAGGAGAUCCAUGUGUUUUCCAGGCCACAGCUCCCAAGGGGUGUUCCCAAGAGGACAAGAUGCCAGAGAGAGCACAGAGGAUGCAAAUCCUCUCUGGGAGCAUGGGAUGGACUUUACCUGCUGCAAGUAGGAGGAAAGUGCUGGGUAUUCCCAGAGCAAGGCUGUAGAAGAUCUUUUCUUUAGUGAGUCUGGGCUGCUGUCAAUAAGUUCUGUGGUUUUAGGGCACCAUAUGCUGCAUUCAACACUUUGCCAAUCUGUUUAAAUGGAUCCAGACGAGGCUGUUCCCAGAGCAGGAGCAGCUGGAAGUGGUGUAUGGAGCAGUCCAUCAUCAGGAGCCCAUUGGAUAAAAUUCCUGCUUUUGGUCUGACAUUACAACCUCCUAAUCCUCCAUCCCUGAGUACUCUGUCUUUGCUCUCUGAAAGAACAGCCCAGAAAGCAGACGGUGACAUUGUCUCACUUAACACCACUGCCAUUAUUUUUAUUACGAAGUGGAGGGAAUGGGCCUGGAAAAGGAACGAGUGUGCUUGUAUAAAGAAGGAAUGUGCCUGGAUAAGGAGGAGAAGAGCUUCCUACCCUGUGUGUGCGUCCAGGGAUGCUUCACCCCAAGCCCUGUGUCCACCAUUGCCCUUUGCAAUCCCAAAUGCUUUCCACAUUCCCAAAGCCACCUUGGAAAACAUGAGCUCUAAAUGAUUUAUCCUACCAGGAACUUAAACCCAAGAGGCUUUGUCCUUUUCAUCCAAUGAUCUUAUCUCUUCUCCCUAAAGAACAUGCCCCAUGUUGGGAUUUAUAAGUAAAACUCAACUUUUCCUUCAGUAGACAAACUUCUCUUUGCUCAGAGAAAAUUCCCAGUGGGAAGCAGUGAUUCCUCCCUGGUGAAGGGGUUUCUCAUCCCCAGGGAAGUGAGGGAUGAUGAUGUCUCCACAAACUCCAGGUGUGGGCAGAGAGAAGGAGCAAAAGGAGUCGGGUCCAGCAUUAUUCCCGGGUUUUGCACUUUCAUGUAGCUGCCAGUUGUACAAAUUAAUUAAAAAUAACUGAAGAAAAAUCCCAAAGAAAGGCCCCGCUUCCUCUGGGGAACAUUAAUCAUUAGCUGAGUCUUUUUCUUAUGAAAAUACAGAUCCAUGGUAGCCCCAGGCAGAAGAUUCCCAGGGAGAGCCCUCACCAUUCGUGCUCAGAGUUAGGGAAAUCGCUUUGAAAGCAUCUGACAACUAAAGCAGAACAUGUUGAGUAACUUGGCAACACUGGGAAAACAUCUGGAACUGGUUUAUCUUCAACACAUUUUGCUUUGCUUCAAGAGGAGAUGUCAGGGUAGUUCAUUCACUGCCACUCAGGGCUGCGGGCGGGGCCGGGAGACGCUCGGCUGCCGCCUGGAGGAAGGGGAUAAAGGGAAAAUCCCAAAAUCCCAGAUAUCUGCUGCUCCUGGGCAGGACACUGGGAGGCCAGGCCAUGGAGUGUCCCUGUGCUGAGCUCUGCAGGUGCCUCCUGGUCUCUGGUGGCACCAAGCGUGGUGGUUUGGGAUGGUUUGUUGAGGUUGCCUGGAAACGCUGUGGAUGCCCCAUCCCUGGGGAUGUCCAAGGCCAGGUUGGAUGGGACUUGGAGCAGCCUGGGAUAGUGGAAGGUGUCCCUUCAUGGCAUGGGGUGGAACCUGCAUGAUCUUGAAAAUCUCUUCCAACCCAAACCCCUCUGGGAUUCCAUGAUUUUCACAGAGCCAAAGGGGGUGAAGUCCCAUAAUCCAGGUUACCCUCAGCUUGUGAUUCAUCCUAAUCCCAUUCCUGCUGCUGUCUGGGAAAGGAAUGCCCCUAGGGCUUGGUGGAGACAAUGUCAGGACAGAAACACUCUUGGAUUCUGCCAGAAAGUGAUGGGGCAGUGUACUAGUUUGAAAGCAAACCAGCAGGAGAUUCCAAGUCGCAACCACAAUUUAAUAGGAAAAUAAAGUAAAGGCAGUAGUACAGAAGCACUGUCUUAGACCGAUGGAGUCAGAGUACGACCUGACAGCCUGUUGGUCAGGGUGGUGGGAGCAGUCCGAUUAAAUGGGGGCUGUUGGAGUGAUGGAAGUGGUUCCGUCAAAGCAGUGAUGCUGUAGAAAGAUCUGGUUCUUCUCUGGAGGUCCCGUGGUGGUUAUGGAGCUCUUGUCCUCUUGGAAUCCAGUGGUAGUCCUCCUGUGGUGUUCCAGUCUUCAGAUUCUAUCCAGGUAGGAAUGUUUGGUUCCUCCCCUCAAGGUGGGGGAGCUCACAAUGAGAUGAUGUGAUUCUCUGAGUCAUUCUUUGAGACCCUUCCUCAACAUGUGUCACUUGUUCCUCCUCCUCUUCUUCUGGGCAUCUCCCACAGUGGUGCUGGAUGUUGUGGUGGUUGUGGAACCAGCGCUUCUUGCUGUACCCUUUUUAGUGCCAGUCACAAAUUCAAUCUUUGUACCUUCUUUCUUGGCCUUCUUCAAUUUGUCCAUCUCAGUCUUCUGGGCUUUAGCUAGUGCCUCACAAUAUGAAUCCUCUGACCUGCUAUGAGGAUCAAACUUGUCCUUUGGGCAAUUUGUACCAAUUUCAUCAAUGGAACAAAACUGGAUCAGCUUUUCAUAGACGCUGGGGUUGUGAAAUUCCUUUUUGUUCUGGAUGAUGUAGUUCAUAUCCAUGCCCUCUUUCAUUUUCCUCUCGUACAGCUUUUUAAUUUUAUCCUGCAAUUAGCUAGAACAUCUGCCAAGAGGCUCAGGAGGGAUUUUGAUCUUAUCUGAAGACAUGUUCCACACUCUCUGAAAAAGAAGCAACCAGUUCCUGAGGAUCUCUUUCCUCCAUUUCUUGGAAUUCCUUUAGGUCACCAGCCUCAGGUUUUUCAAUCUGUAAAUCACCAUCUUCUGGCAUCCACGUGGGUGAAUUCCCCUUCUCCAUGCCCAGCUGACGCCAGGCCUCCCUUCUCCCCAUGGGCUUUCCCCCAUCACUCCCCUCUGUGCCGGCCUCUCCAUCCCACUGCGGGUCCGAGUCCUCACCAUGAGCCUCAGCAAGGAGAGAGCGCUGUGCUUCACUGCCACCAUCCCCCAGGGGUGCCCCACUCUGGGCACCAGAAAUGUUCCAGCUUGAGAGCGAACCAGCAGGAGAUUCCAAGUCACAACUACAAUUUAAUAGGAAAAUAAAGGCAGUAGUACAGAAGCAAUGGCUUAGACUGACAGAGUCAGAGUACGACCUGACAGCCUGUUGGUCAGGGUGGUGGGAGCAGUCUGAUUAAAUGGGGGCUGUUGGAGUGAUGGAAGUGGUUCUGUCAAAGCAGUGAUGCUGUAGAAAGAUCUGGUCCUUCUCUGGAGGUCCCGUGGUGGUUAUGGAGCUCCUGUCCCCUGGGAAUGCAGUGGUAGUGCUCCUGUGGUGUUCCAGUCUUCAGAUUCUAUCCAGGUAGGAAUGUUUGGUUCCUCCCCCUGGGUGGAGCAUCUCACAGUGGGAUGAUGUGAUUCUGUGAGUGGAACCCUGAUGACCCAUUAGUGGAGAUGGCUCCCCACAGAGCGGCUGGCGCUUCCCUGGAGGGAGUUAUCGGGGAGAAGAUAAAGAACUCUGCCCCACCUAUCUUUUGGUUACAUCUUACAUUGUAACCCAGGACAGGCAGGGAAUUCUAUGAAUCAGCUUUUCCUGCUUCCCUGGGGUUUCCUGCCUCUUUGAGUUGAAUCUCUCUUAAAUAAGGCUGGAAAAGUUGGGAAGGGCCAUGUCAGGUGUCCAGGUUGGAUGUUAAGGAUCUCCUUCAGCCCGAAAGUUGGCUCAUGGGCAUCCCAGCUGGAGGUACCACCAUCACACCAGCCCAAAAUCAUCCCUUCUGCCACAGGAGGAGCCUGCUCGGAGCUCCUGCAUCACAGCAGCCCUGGAGCUGCACAGCUCCCACCAUGAGUCCAUUUUAUCCCAGGAAUUGAAGGACUUUAGCAGCUCUUUUUGGGUGUUCUUGGUCCAGGUGGCUCUUUGGGUGACCUCCCAGCCCUGCAUGUCUCUGUGAGGAAGGAGGAAGGGAGCAAAGUGGUGGGGGAUGGACCAUUUUUAAUUGAGGAUCAUAAAAAAAUAAGGAAUAAUAAAUUUUAAAAGUUGUUGGGGUUUUAUCAAAGCUCUCAGCCCCUCUCAAAGGCCUGGGCAGGAGAUGGGUGAGUUCCUGAGCCCAGCCCCUCCAGCCUUUUUAGCACUUCAGGAUGAUCUUUCUUCAGCCCAGAAGGUCGACAACUCUGCUUGUUGUGAACUGAAACUCAACAAGAAAACCCCAAGAAUUAGGUUUGGCUUAUGAAAUUUGGGGUUGGUUUUACCAUUUUUAAAUGUAUUUGGGAACUGGACAUGCCUAAGUUGCAAAACAAAAAGACAAAAAGAGCCAGACAGUGAUUUUUUUUAAUUUUGAAACUUGUCAAAACAAGCCAGAUUGAUCAUUAUGACCAAUUUUUUUCCUUUUUUUUUUCUUUUUUUGCAAAUUGAGAAAUGCAUCCAGAACAGUCCUUUCCCACAAAACCUUUCAUUUUCCAAAAAGAAAAUGAGGCAAAAAAAAGAAAAAAAUCAAUCACACUUUUUCUGCUCCCAGAGUUGGAACGGGCAGCGGCGGAUUGGGAGAGAAUAGCAAUUUGUAAGGAAUUCCAACCAGCUAUCCUUAAAAUAGCAUCCAGCCAGUUUCUCCAGGGCAGGAGGCUGGGUGGCUCCAUGGUGGGAAUGGGCUGGAGCAAAUCCUGGCUGAGCAGGCCGGGAUAACACCUUGGGAAUGCAGGGACACCUUCCCCGUGGGGAUCAGGGAUGCUGAUGCCGGGCCGGAAUUCCUGGGGAUCCCCAGCCAUCCCUCUGAGGGAGGUUUGGUUUGGUUUUCUGUUCCAACCCAAACUGAAUCCAGCUCUCCGAGCCUCCCCUUGGGACACAGCCUCAGGAUGCCUUCAAAAGGGAGACGCUCCCAUCUGAGCCCGGGGGUGGAAAUUGGGAACAAAUUCCAUGUGCUGGUCCUUGAGGGAUGUGGGAAGGGAGAGCAGGAGGAGAGCCCAGCCCCUCGUGCCCUUCUCCCUCUGGAGCGUGUCUGAGUUGGGGCUCCCUGCCUUGCGUGGGUGUCCCAGGGCCUUGGGGGCACCUCUGGGGACCUUGGGGGCACGUGUGGGCCCCGACCCCUGCGGUGCCCAGGCUGCUGCUGCCCGAACCCUUCUCAAGUGCUUGUGCCAUGUGGGUGGUGACAGAGCUCGGCCCGACCCCAACGAGGUCCUUUAACAGUGCGUGGUGGUGAAACACAAACCAACAUUGCUGAAGUCAAAGUAUCCUUUCUAAUCCCCCGGCCCGGUUUCUCUUUCUUUCCAGCUUUUCCUCCUCCGCCUCCUGGACCCUCCCUCUGUUCCCACCCCCCUUCUGUUUCUCUUUCUCCCUUCUGUCAUAAGAAAGUGACUGUGUCCUCGAGGGGACAGUUUUCUUAUGCCAUUUUAUACACUGUGCUUCAUGUUUAGAACUUUUUUGCACUAGUUCCUAUUACAUUUAUUUUCCAAACUGGUUUGACAAAAAACAAACAAAAAAAACCCAACAAAAACACAAUCCCAUGCUAUAAUUCAGUUGUAUUAAAAUAUUAUCCUACUACUCUCUGUGUUCAAUAGUCUCUGUACCUGUAAUGCUUUCAGUUCUGUUGUAUUUUGGGGCCGAGGUUUUCUCUGCUCCUUGUUUAACCCAGUAAAGAAAUAAAAUGUUAAGAAUUGAUGAUAA